GGUUGUCUCACCUUGCAGCCGCUGACACCUGAACAUGGAGGCCGAGUACCGGGGUCUGGGCCGCUGCGUGUGCAGCUUCUGGCUGGCCGUCGCCUUUGACGUCGUGGGCCUGACCGUGCUCCUCCUCGGGGUGUUCGUCAACGUCUUCUUCUAUGACCUGCUCAUCUACGCAGGCGCCAUCGUCAUCUUCCUCAGCCUCAUCUGGUGGGUGUUCUGGUACUCUGGGAACCUCGAGGUUCCCCCGGGGGAGCUGGAGGAUGACGUCGGCCUGCUGAAGAAGAAGGGCCCCGCGGGCGGCAUCAGCGGCGUGGUGAGGCGGCUCUCCAGCCGCGUCUCCAACGGAAUCAGGAACUCUUUCCGCCGGAACGGAGGCCGCGCGAGUCGCGCGCAGAGGUCAGCCGCUGGGACAGCGGAGUCCCGGCAGGGGGGACAGGUGGCCGUUGCCAUGGAGACGGUGGUCCCGCAGGAAGGCCCCCCGCACAUCGCAGUGUCCCCCGUGGCUGGCGGUGAAGUAGAGAUGCCGCACACAACUAUGGAGACUUCACCCACAUGACAGGCGGACAGAGACACGCCCACUUCCUCUCAGCGUUCACCCUGCAGCCAUCUGACCAGCAGAACUCAGAGUCUCCAGUUUACUCAUGUGAACAACACAUUUUAUAACUAUUUAUGCUUUUAGAAGGAAAACGUGUUCAUGUAUGUCAAAUCAACACUGGCAGAUACUGACUUAAGACCUUCGUAUUGACCUGGGAAUGUAUUCUUAUCGGAAUAGCGGCUGAGGUUUUUAUGUUUUCCACAACAGAUGAAAAUUAUGGGUUAGAAAUGAUAACGGGAUUUUUUAUUUUUGAUCAGACUGAAACCUGAGAGAUAAAAAGAAACUAAAGUAAUGGGGAAACAAACAAACCCAACCUCUUUGCUCAUGUUGUUUAAAAAUGUGUUGUAUUUUAUGUGAAUGAUGUGCAAUUUUCACCAUUUUUACUCUUAAAUCUGACUCAGAGAUAUUUUCUAUUUUUUGUUGGUACUUGAUGAACAUGUUUGUGAAGAUGUUUGUGUUGUGUUUGUUGUCACUGACACCUUCAGAUGAAAAAUACUUUAAUAAAGACAAUGCACUACAGUACUAUAAAUAACCGA